CUUGACUGGUGUGUUUUGGUACGUAUGAGAGGGUAAAGUUCUGGAAUGUUCUCUCUGCAAGGCAGUUGUUUCUUCUCUCCGCACCGGUAAAUUCAAAAGGUACAUUCCUGUGUAUCCGUUUUCCGUCAUUGAUCAUUGAGUUUCUGUAUCAGUGAGUGAUAAUGUGAUUGAAUUUUUUUAGAAACCAAGUGAUGGAAACGAGUGAGGGCUUUUCGAGAUUGAUAUUAUCUUGGUCUCUUGAGGAUAUACUCAACAAUGAUCUUUACAAAGACAAGGUGAAGCAAAUUCCAAAGACAUUCUUGUCCGUAGCUCACUAUUUGAAAUCAUUUACUUUUCCACUUAUUGAGGAAACUCGUACAGAUUUAUGCUCAAGCAUGAAGAUGUUGUCAGAGGCUCCAGUGUAUGAAAUAACCGACAUUGCUUUUUCUGAAAAUUAUAAACCUCCACAUGAUUUGUUAUACCAGAUAGAAAUGAAAGCAUUGGUAGAUAGUGAUAGAAAAGGGGAUAUAUGUGAGCCUGAGAUUGGACAACUUUUUACUUUGACUAAAACAAGGCCAAAAUGCAUAGAUGAUUUGAACAAGCGUGGAAAUUCCUAUCUUACUGGUUUAAUUGGGAAGGUUAGAAAGAAAAAAGACGAGGAAGAUGUUUAUGAGGUUCAAAUACUAGCUUCAAAACCCAUUAAAUUGGAAAUGUACUGGCAGGAGGAUGGCACAUAUGUAUAUGGCAUAUAUGGUUUUGCUGCCUAUCUUAUUAAUAUAACAACAAAUAUGCGUAUAUGGAAUGCACUGAACUCAGAUCCAGAAGGUCCAGAUAUCCAUGUGAUCAAACAACUGCUCCAACCUGAUCCUGCUGUAAGAGCAAUGGUUGGGGGAAAUUGCGCUCAAUGUUUCUCUAGUGAAAGGUACACUAUUGAUGUGUCAAAUAUUGGUGCUGUUAUUCGAUCAUUUGAUUUGAACAAAGCUCAAGAAGAGGGAGUUUUAAGUUGUUUAGCUGCAAGGGAGUGCUCUCACAAAAAUACUGUGAAAUUGAUUUGGGGCCCUCCAGGGACAGGGAAAACAAAAACAGUUGGCUCAUUACUAUUUGCCCUCCUCAAAAGGAAAUGCAGAACACUUACUUGUGCCCCAACUAAUGUGGCUGUGCUGGAAGUGAUUUCCAGGUUUCUUAGGCUAGUGAUGGACUCCAUUGAUUAUCACACUUAUGGUCUUGGAGACAUAGUGUUAUUUGGCAAUAGAAAGCGGAUGAGUAUUGACGAUCGAGAUGAUCUUCUUGAUAUAUUUCUUGAUUACCGUGUAAAUAUUCUUGCCAGGUGCUUUGCACCCUUGUCUGGUUGGAAACAUCAUUUAGAACUGGUAAUUCGGUUACUUGAAAUCCCUGAAGAGCAGUAUCAUGAAUAUUUAAAGUGUGAGGAAAAGAGGGAUUAUGAGAUCAAAGGUGAUGACUGCUUGAAGGAAGAGAAUGAUGUAAUUGCAAGUCAACAAACAAAUCAAGAGAAAAUAAAUAUGUCCCAGGACCCCAAGAUUUGGAAGCAAAAUGAGUGGAUGAAAAUAAUUAAUAGAACUUUAAGAGAAAACAGAUUGUCUUUUAAAGAGGCAAACAAAAGCAAAUAUGAUAAGCAGGAGAUGAAGGAUCUUCUUUUCCAUGAGAAUAAAAUAAAAAGGUUGACAUUUCAUGAUUUUUUCACAAAAAAAUUGAAUUAUAUUAGGAGGCGGAUGAGGACAUUUGCAGUGGAUAUGUGUACUCAUUUGCCAACUUCUUUUAUUUCAUUAAGAGUGGUCAAAAGUUUAUUUGAAUGUCUUGACUGGCUUAAAGUCUUUGUAGAAGUGUUAUCAAACAAUUCCGUUACUGAUCACGAAUUUAAAGAUGCCAUUUCUAUAUCUACUAUUGAUCAAAGUAGAGCUAGUUGCUGUACUUGGCAGGCUAAGUUGUGUAUAACCAGGAAAGAAUGCCUUAAAAUGCUGAGAUCUCUUCUAAAUAUCUUAGUUCUUCCUGAUUUUAGUGAUGAAUAUUCAAUCAAAAACUUUUGUCUCAGAAGAUCUCGCAUGCUUUUUUGUACUGCUGCGAGUUCUGCUAGAUUGCAUGCAGUAGAACACUGUAGACUAGAAAUGUUAGUUAUCGAUGAAGCUGCUCAACUCAAAGAAUGUGAGUCAAAUAUACCUUUACAACUUCCUGGUAUUCGUCAUGCUGUACUUAUUGGAGACGAGAAACAGUUGCCUGCCCUAGUCAAAAGUGAGAUUUCCGGCAAGGCAGGGUUUGGAAGAAGUUUGUUUGAAAGGCUGGUCCUCCUAGGUCAUGAAAAACACCUUCUCAAUAUUCAGUAUAGAAUGCAUCCAUCCAUUAGCUUGUUUCCAAAUAUGGAAUUCUAUGACAAACAAAUUUUGGAUUCUCCAAGGGUCAAAGAAAGAAGCUAUGGGAAGCAUUUUAUAGGUGGUGAUAUGUUUAAGUUCUACUCUUUCAUAAAUGUUGCUUAUGGACAAGAUGAAUUAGAUGAAGGGAAUAGCCGAAAAAAUAGGGUGGAAGUAGCUGUGGUAUCUGAGAUUGUUUUUGAGCUCUACAAAGAAUCAGUUUCUAGAACACGGACUGUUAGUGUUGGUGUUAUAUCUCCAUAUAAAGCUCAGGUUAUUGCCAUACAAGAUGCUAUUGGAAAAAGGAUUGGUGGUGAUGUUGAUCAUAACUUUUCUGUGAAGGUUUGUACUGUUGAUGGUUUCCAAGGUGGUGAAGAGGAUGUGAUAAUAAUAUCCACUGUAAGAUAUAAUAACAUGGGAUUUGUGGGUUUUAUUUCUAAUCUUCAAAGAACUAAUGUUGCUUUAACAAGAGCAAGGUAUUGUCUUUGGAUAGUAGGUAAUGGGGAAACUUUGAUGAAUAGUGGCUCUAUUUGGGAGAGAAUAGUCCUUGAUGCUAGGUCUCGAGGGUGUUAUCAUAAUGCUGACGAGGAUGAUAGGUUAUCUCAUGCUAUUACAACUUCCAUUAUUGAUAUUGGUCAAGUUGGUGAUCUAUUGCAUUUGAGUUCUCCACUCUUCAGGAAAGCAAGGUGGAAGGUUUGCUUCAAUCAAAGUUUUCUAAUCUCUAUGGCAAGAAUUAAGAGCUCUGAGAUUUGCCAGAAAAUAUGUUCCCUGCUGAGGCAACUUUCAAGUGGUUGGCGUCAGCCUAAACGGGAAAUAAAUCUUGGAGUUGUGGAUGAUAUUUCUUCCCAACUAUUGGAGUUGUACAAGGUCAAUGAGUCACUUUAUCUUGUUUGGACCAUCGAUGUUAUAAAGGACAACUCAAAUUAUGUUCAAAUUUUGAAGAUUUGGGAUGUUUUGCCAUUGUCUGAGGUAACCAAUUUGGCAAGGGAUAUUGACAUUUCAUACAGGAAUUAUUCCGCUGAUAUUCUUAGAUUCUGCAAAACCAGAUGUUAUGAUGGGAAAUUUGACAUUCCAGGGACAUGGCUUGCUAGUUCGAAUCAUCUGACAAAUAAUAAUCUUCCAGAUCCUAUGCAAGUUCUAUGCAACCAAUUUUCUUCACUCGGACUGAGGAACAUAAAUUAGAAUCAACAGUAUAUUACUCUCACCUCACCUUUGUUUUGAAAAAGAAUAUAUAAAAAAAUCAAAAAGAGGUGUGUUUUAAUGCGUAUUUUUUAAGGUGUUUAAACACGGAGGAGGUUAAUGUGGUGCAAGUAAAAUACAAAAGGGGUCAGAGUAAUAUACUCAAUUUCAACCAGUUAGAAGUUAUGGAAAUAUUAGAUUUUGGAAUCCUAUAUCAAAGCUGCUUUGGUUUGGAGAGCAAUAGUGAGUUUUUUGGGAAAGUAUCUGCUUCAACAGCGAGGUCAAUAGCAAUUGUGUAUAUACACAUAUAGAAGAGUAUACUCUGUGCAUACAGUCAUAGGUUAUGUAAAAAAUAAUCCCUCUUUUGGGUUUGCUUUGGCUAUAUUUCUGACAUGAUAAGGACGAAGUAUGGUUUGUGACUCAAGACAAGUUAUAUUCUUCUACAGGAAUUUAACUCUUCUGGAGUAAGCUUUCACUUUAGAGAGAAAAGUGAAAAAUCUUAAUAAUCAUCGAUGAAAAAGAUCAACAGUUCAUAUUACUCGAACUUGUCCAACAAGCCAUACAUUUGUCAAAAUCUUGUCUUUUGUCAUUAAUGAUCGAGAUGUUUCACAUUUCCUUUGUGUAGCGAACAAGAGUAAAUUCCUUUCCGAAACAUGAAUAUUUGAGUAGUCUGAUUGUAUGUGUAAAUCAGCCAUUAGAAUGGUGUAAGGGAUGUCCUUUUUGUUACAUUACACGUUGAAUGUUUCUGAUGUACAGUUUCUUUGUGAUUUAUGUUUU